AUGUUAAGGAACAUAAUUAAUAUCAUAUAAGAGGGUUAAUUAGAGUCUAAAGAUAUAAUAACAAUGACAUUAAAUUCAUGUGCAGCUAUUUUUAUUUUGAUAAGCUACUUUGUGAAUUACCAUCUUACAAAUCAAAGACUUUUGUUAUUAAUGAUCAUAUAGAUCAUUGUAGUAUUGCAUUUUGAAAUUUCAUUUUAUGAAAAUCAUCAAUAUUCAUCCUUUAGCGCAAUCGUAUACCUCAUUUCACUCUAAUAAUAUCUCUAUAAAUAAAAGGAAUGCUUUCAUUAUUUAAGUCAUAGUGUAUUGAUUUAUGCUGUUACAAGAUCCUUGGUACAAAAAUUUAAUGAUAUUGUAAUUUGGGAGUUCAUCCUUAUUUUAUUAUGGCAACCAUUCAAUCAUUAUUUAUUACAUUUGCUAAGACGAAAGAAAUAUCAAAAAAAGGAAGAGUUAAAUUCAUAAGUCCAAUUCCACACUCUAUCAACACCAUAAGCAUAACAUACAGAAAGACAAGAAGAGUAGCCUACUACUAAAGUCAAUCUUGCUGAAGAUUUUUUUGAUUGUAUUCCAGAGGGAUUAGUUAUUUUAGAUGAAUUUUAUAAGAUCAUUAGACAUAAUUCAAAAAUCUUACAUUAUUUGAAUAUAACAGAUUCAUUUUUAAUUCCAUAAGCUUUAGAUGGAUUAUUUAAAAUGUAAAUGUUUAAUUUAAUUUAGUGCUCAAAAAAAUAGAAGUCCUUAAAAAGAGAAAAAGAAACCAAUUCCAUUAAAAUAAAUUAAAUAAAGAAUGGAUGUACAGUCUUAUUAUACUAGUUCUUUAGCAACUUCAUUAAAAAAAUAAUUUUGGAUGUCUGAUAAAGAAUAACAUAAUUUUGGUUUGCAAAAAGGUGAUUCAAUUACUUAUCCUUUUUUAUAAUCUAUUCUUAAUGAUUUUAAGUUAUAAAAUUUGAAUGAGAAUAUGACAAUAACUUCUGAAUGUAGUAGUAUAGUAAAAUACUAAAUAUUACAAGAAACAUAAAUUAAAUAAAGACAUCUUUAAAUUAAAAUAUAUGAUAUUAAAAUGACAUCAUAUUAAAAUACUCCUUUAUUUUUAUUUAUUGUUGAAAAUAUCACUAAUAAGGAAUAACUUAAAUUAUUAACAAAUAGAUUUAAAUUUUAAUAAGCAUUAUUAAACUCAUUUAGUCAUGAAUUAAGAACUCCUCUUAAUUGUACUUUAACUUUAUUAUAAGCACUCAAAAAUAAAUUGAAAAAUGAUGAUAUUAAUAAUGAAUAUUUAAAUCCUUCUAUAGUAUCAAGUCAACGAUUAUUAUAUUAAAUAAAUGAUAUUCUUGAUUAUGCUCAAUUAGAAUGUCAAGAUUUUUAAAUAAAUAUUACUGAAUUUAGAGUUGGUGAAGUAUUUUAAACAUUAAAAGAUUUUUUUGAAUAAGAAUGUAAAUAGAAAUAAAUUGAAUUGAUUAUUGAAAAUGAUUGUUUAAUAUCUAUAAGAAGUGAUAAGGAUAGAAUUACUUAGGUGUUAAUUAAUUUAAUUAAUAAUUCUAUUAAAUUCACAUCUUAAGGAGGUAGAAUAGUAAUCAAUUUAAAAAAGAGAGAUAAUAUGUAUUAAUUUACUGUAUGGGAUAAUGGUAAAGGGAUCUCUAAUAUUACUUUAGCUAAUAUUUUUGAAUCAUAAAAAAAUAUGAAUGCUAGUAUAAAAUUUGCAGAAACUACAUCAAAUUCAAAUAAAUUAGGACUAGGAUUAAAAGUUAGUAGAGGUAUUGUAAAAUAUCUAUGUUAAAAUGGAGAUUUAGUAAUUAAAAGUUAAAAGGAUAAUUAUACAUCAAUUAAUUUUUUUGUUGAAGAUUAAAUUAUAAAAGUAAAUGAAGAUAUCACUGAAUAAGAAUCAAUAAUGAGAUUUGGAAGUAAACAUACUGUUUAAAAAUGUGAAUGUCCAUAAAUAUUGAUUGUUGAUGAUAUACCAUUUAAUCAUAUUGCAAUGAUUGCCAUUUUGACUAAUUUUGGAAUAAAAUCAGAAAGUGCUUAUGAUGGAACAUAAGCUAUAGAAAAAGUUAUUCUUAGAUUAAAAAAUAAGGAAUGUUGUAAAACAUAUAGAAUAAUAUUUAUGGAUAUUGAAAUGCCUGGCAAAAAUGGAUUUUAAACUUCAGCAGAAGUAACCAUUAUGUGAUUCAUAGAUAGUAGAAAUUUUGAAGUAAUCAAAUUGCCAAUCAGUCAUAGUAAUGUGUUCUGCAUAUACAGGAGAAGCUAAUGUUGAAUAGGCUAGAAAAUGUGGAAUGAAAGAAAUAAUUCCUAAACCAAUUGCUUACAAUAACCUAUAACUAUUAAUAUCGAAAUAUUUUUAAUCAUUAUCUUGA